CACACUAUCAAUGCACAACCCCAAGGAAGCAGCCGACGAACUCCGCCGCUGCGUCGAGAAAUACGGCUUCAAAGGCGCCCUGGUAAACGAUACCCAGCGCGCCGGCCCAGACGGAGACGACAUGAUCUUCUACGAUAACGCAGAAUGGGAUAUUUUCUGGCAGACCUGCACAGAGCUUGACGUACCCUUCUACAUGCACCCGCGUAACCCAACGGGCACAAUCUACGAGAAGCUCUGGGCUGAUCGCAAAUGGCUCGUGGGUCCGCCUCUUAGCUUCGCGCAUGGCGUCAGUCUACACGUUCUCGGAAUGGUCACGAAUGGUGUCUUCGACCGUCAUCCCAAGCUGCAGAUUAUCAUGGGUCAUUUGGGUGAACAUGUUCCCUUCGAUAUGUGGCGGAUUAACCAUUGGUUCGAGGAUCGGAAGAAGUUGCUGGGUCUUGCGGAGACGUGUAAGAAGACGAUUCGCGAUUACUUUGCUGAGAAUAUCUGGAUUACUACCUCUGGGCACUUUUCUACGACUACCCUGAACUUCUGUAUGGCGGAGGUUGGGUCCGAUCGGAUUUUGUUCUCGAUUGAUUAUCCUUUUGAGACUUUCUCUGAUGCUUGUGAGUGGUUUGAUAAUGCGGAGCUCAAUGGGACGGAUCGGUUGAAGAUUGGAAGGGAAAAUGCGAAGAAGUUGUUCAAGCUGGGUUCUUACAAGGAUAGCUCGGCUUAGAUCGUUGGAUGAUAAUGUUGUUAUGAAUGUAUUCCAUUUCAAUUUCUAGUAAUUCAUGUCUCAUUGCAAAGGGUA